AAUUCAGCACAACCGUGGUGCUUCCGUUAAGAGACUGUGAGUACUUCCCUGUUCUGGAGUGGACGUGGCCUAGUCGACUUCAUAUCAACGAUUUCAGAGGCAUAGGUUUUCUUUUGGAUGUUCAUCCAUGCAGCGCUGCUUCACUCUGACCCUUGCCCGGCACAGCAGGCUACUUUUAAGAAAUAAAUUUGCAUCUGUUCGCUGCCACCAGUCAGCAGCCAUGUCGAGUCUCCUCAUCAACCAACCCCAAUAUUCGUGGCUAAAGGAGCUGGGUUUGUCUGAGGACAACCUGGGUGUUUAUAAUGGGAGCUGGGGAGGCAGCGGGGAAGUGGUCACGUCCUACUGCCCUGCCAACAAUGAGCCUAUAGCCAGAGUUACUCAGGCUACUAUGGCAGAGUAUGAAGCAACUGUUCAGAAGGCGAGGGAGGCCUGGAAGGUGUGGGCAGAUAUUCCUGCUCCAAAAAGAGGGGAGAUUGUCAGACAGAUAGGGGAUGCAUUAAGAAAGAAAAUCACAACUCUUGGAAGUUUAGUUUCUCUGGAGAUGGGUAAGAUCUUUGUUGAAGGAGUGGGAGAAGUUCAAGAGUACGUUGACGUCUGUGAUUACGCUGUCGGUCUGUCAAGAAUGAUCGGUGGGCCCAUCCUUCCCUCUGAAAGACCCGGACAUGCUCUUCUGGAGCAGUGGAACCCUGUCGGGCUCGUCGGCAUAAUCACCGCCUUUAACUUCCCUGUGGCUGUUUACGGCUGGAACAAUGCUAUUGCGAUGACCUGUGGCAACGUCUGCCUUUGGAAAGGUGCCCCAACCACCCCUCUCACCAGUGUCGCAGUUACCAAAAUAGUGGCUGAGGUGCUAGAACAAAACAAUCUGCCUGGAGCCAUCUGCUCAUUGACCUGUGGUGGCGCAGAUAUUGGUACUGCCAUGGCAAAGGAUGAACAUGUGGAUCUCCUGUCGUUCACUGGCAGUACCCACGUUGGCAAGCUUGUGGCCAUGAUGGUGCAGGAAAGGUUUGGACGCAAGCUGUUGGAGCUCGGUGGGAACAACGCCAUUAUUGUGUUUGAGGAUGCAGACCUGAACCUUGUGGUUCCCUCUGCGGUCUUUGCUUCUGUAGGAACUGCUGGCCAACGUUGCACCACAACCAGGAGGCUGAUGCUCCAUGAGAGCAUCCAUGACACGGUGGUUGAGAGGAUAUCUAAGGCCUACAAACAAGUUCGGAUUGGAGACCCUUGGGACCCAAAAACUCUCUAUGGCCCUCUGCAUACCAAACAAGCUGUGGAGCAGUAUCUGGCUGCCAUUGAGCAGGCCAAGCAGCAGGGGGGUACCGUUGUUUGUGGUGGAAAAGUGAUGGAUCGUCCUGGAAACUAUGUGGAACCCACUAUCAUUACAGGUCUGCCUCAUGACUCACCCAUUGUCCACACCGAAACCUUCGUCCCCAUCUUGUAUGUCCUGAAGUUCAAGACGGAAGAAGAGGCAUUUGCCUGGAACAACGAGGUCAAGCAGGGUCUGUCGAGCAGCAUCUUCACCAAAGAUAUGGGCAGAGUUUUCCGCUGGAUGGGUCCCAAAGGGUCUGACUGUGGCAUUGUGAACGUCAACAUUCCCACAAGCGGAGCCGAGAUCGGAGGAGCGUUUGGUGGUGAGAAGCACACUGGUGGUGGAAGAGAAUCAGGCAGUGAUUCCUGGAAGCAGUACAUGAGGCGCUCAACGUGCACAAUAAACUACAGCAAGGAUCUUCCUCUGGCUCAGGGCAUCAAGUUUGAGUGAAGCCGUCAAGUUAAUUUUAGUAACACUAAAUUUAUGUCGUUUUCACGGUAACUACUGUGAAACAAUUGUCUUUGAAUUUAGAAAAGUCUGUGUACAUUAACUAAAACUUAAGAAUAAUUUUAGAGCAGUAUUUAGCUGUGAAUUAUGAUAUAAAUUUUGAUAAUUUGUCAGUUAAAGGUCAAACGCUGUUCUCAGAAAGUGUUCAUGUGCACUUUUUCUACAAGCACUUAAAUGUCACCCUGGUAACUGAAUGACUGUAUCAGAUUCUUUAUACUGUAAACAAAAAAACUGAAAAAUCAACUAUUAUGGAAGAAUAAUGUCUGGACCUUAAAGAGCUUGUGAUUGGUUAAUGAACGUAGUGAACAAAAAACUUGCUGUUUGGUCUAUGUACAAUAUACGAUGCAUUAAAAAAAGCUAUUGAAAAAAACCUUAAUAAAAAAAGUUUGGGAUG